UUCCGUAUACUAGUGGUUUGUUGUAUCCGGAAGAAGAUUUCAAGUUAGCUCGUUAGCUAAUUUAAAUAUAACUUCUUAUGUAUACGUUAUAAAAGGUUAUGCAGUUUCUCUGUAUAAUCGCAAGUAAUAUAAAGCAUGCGAUUGUACUCGUAAGGUGCAUCUAAUGCUGGUGCUGGCUACAUGCUAGUGGUGUAUUCCCUUUAACUUGUAUCAUGGUGUAGUGAGCUAACCUCCAUAACCUAAGUAACAAAGUGAAGCAUGCAACCCAUGAUAAUGAGACAGUGUGUUCUCCAUGGACCUAGUGGAUCAUGUCUCUGAUCCUGUUUGCCUUUGUGGUUCGGGUCAGGGAUGGACUCCCCCUGUCGGCCUCCACAGACUUUGAACACAACCGAGAGCUCCAGGAGAGGAAGCAGCAGCUCAGGGCCCUCAGCAAGGCACUGGCCUGUUUCCCUGGCAGAGGGACCAUCAAGGGCCAGGAGCUCAACAUUUACUUCAUCUCGUCAGAGGGUGUAUCCUACAUGACCGUGUGCCACUGCAGCCUUCCUGUUGCUAAGGCCUUCUGCUUCCUGGAAGAUCUGCGCUGGGAGUUCACAGCAUGCUUCAAUAGCACUGUUGUUACCUUGGCAGCCCGGCCGUAUCCAUUUUUGGAAUUCGACAGCACCAUUCAGAAGCUGAAGCAGCAGUACAACCAGAGCGGUGGUCCGGCCCUGGAGGUGACAUUGGCAGAGGUCCAGGAGGAUCUGAGAAUCCAUCCACCCAAAAUAAUUAACUUGGAGGAAGUGGAGCUUGCCAACGGCAUUGCAAAUGGGCACAUGGAGCAAGGCACUGGAUCUGGUCAGAAUGUAAGACUGGAACCAGUGACGGCACCAGGCAUCCUCUCCCUUGUCCUAAAUAUUAUGUGUGCAUCUUUGAACAUAAUCCGUGGUGUUCACCUCACAGAGUACACAUUCCAGGAUGACUAUGAAGGCAUAUGGAAUGUUGUGUCAUUUCUUCUGGCGUUUGUCUGCUGUGUGUUUCAGUGCCACCUCUACCUGUUCCAUUCAUCUUUGAAGAAACUCAAGUCCUUCACUCUGUUGAGUGUGAUCGUCCUAUGCAACCUCUACCUGCUCGGCCUGAGGAACAUGUGGCAGCUCAUCUUCCACAUUUCAGUUGCCUCCCUGUCUACCCUCUUCAUCCUCACUCGCAAACUCCAAGACAGAACCAAUGACUGUGGGGUCUGAGGAGGAGGGGGAAUUUUACUCUCACAGCUCUUUCAGUGCAGGUGAGAUCGACAGGGAAGAAAAUGGUUUGAUCCAAAUUAGGUUGAAAGAUGAUCUGUGGAUUUUUAGCAAAAAACACAUUCACGAAUUGUAUGUCAUAAUGGAAAAUCAUUAUUACAAGUUAAUAUUUUUUGUGUACAGUAUGUACUUGCACUUUGUGUAAAUUUGUUUCCAGGACUGUAAAGAGUAUACAGUAAAUUGUUGUUCUCUCUGGAACCUUAAACAGAAAAGCUAAAAGCAGAAUUCUGUUUGAGAAACAAAAUGUUUGUGCCAUCCUCUCCUAAAAGGUUUUUGAUGAAAAUGAUGCAACAUAUUCUUACUCCCAUCUUGUAAAAUACGCGCGCUUGGUCAUUGACUUUGUCUUGUUAUUGACAAACACACGCUUGGUUUUCUCCUUUAGCGUCAUGUAACAGUCGCUUGGUCGGAACUAUUUGCGCCCCUCUUGACGCGGUUAAGUUAAGGAAAAGCUAGUGGGCAGGCUUACGGUUCUGUGACUCACGGGAACGGGCCGGUUGGGUCGCUCUCCCCAGUACGUUCUACACACACACGCCGAAGGGUGCCUUUUUUUGUCAUAUCAGAUGCGGACAGGCACUGAUCAAACGCCUGAAUUUAACGUGUUUGGAGUGAGAACAUGUUGAAUGAUGGAGGUUUUUUUAGUCAGAGUCACUGACCAAAGUGUAUCCAUGUCAAGUACAAACAAUCAUUUCAUCACAGCCCUAACUGUUAAACCUGCUCAUACUUGCGAUGUUUAUGCCUUUCUGCUCACAUUCAGUAUUAUUUCUGCUACAACAGGCCCUUCAUUAUCUUUGCAUAAUCAGUUUACAACGCUAAGUGACAGUUGGUGAUUGUAACAGCCAUUACAGGUUUAAUUGCUUUUAAAAUAGACACACAUGGUUCAUAUGCAGACAGUUAUUGGAAAUCACGCAUUGUGUGAUACCUAAAUGAUUUAAUGUAGUCUGACGUAAGGUUAAAAAGUAAAGCAGACGAAGCAGCUGUUUAUAUUUGUUUUCCACAAUUUCCUUAUUAAGCUACAGUACAAACCUAAUGUAAGGUGUAAAUGUGUAGUUGUGGGUUAUUUCAUGCCUUACUGUGUGACAACGGAAUGGCUUUUGAUUGUUUAAUUGUGUUGACAUAUGUACAGAUACACCAGCAAGUGCUCAGCUAGUCAUUGCAAAGUUUAAAUGUAAGGACUCCGUUAUUUAUAUUGGAAAGUACAUUCAGCACAGAGGGAAUAUUAGUCUCAGUCAUGUAAAGGCAUGAUGUUAAGGCAUAUUAUCUUACUAUUUUCCACACAGUUUGUGGUAAAAGGAGAAUUUUAUCACAAUUCUAUUUAAAACCCAUUUUUGUACUAUCAAAAAAAUGUUUAUUUAGUUUGUCUGUUUAACCUUUUUUCUACUGAUCUCUGCAUUGUCAAAAUGUAAACUGGGGGUAAAUAUAUGAAGGCACUGAUUUGAUGGGUAAUAUACUAUUGAAAUUUGUUGGAAACAAUUGUAUGACUGCACUAUUAUCUUAGCUUAGAUAUUGUUUUGUGUUGGGUGUUGCAAUUAUCUUUGAGUGUGUUGCAUAUUCAGCUAUUUUUUAUCCUGAUUUAUGUUUACUUGGUUAAUUUUUUGUCUUGAAUCAGGGUUGGCUACGCCGCUUCCCUAUCUGUUCUCAGAUUGGUGUAAACAUACAAAUCAUAUGAUUAUAAUCUAUGUUUGAAUGUAGAACAUUAGUGCUGCUAAAUACAUAGGCAAAGUCCCCUUUUAGUUCAACAUUAAUGAACUAAUUUAGUAUUUAGCUUCUUUGAUGUUUUAUUAGUUAAACAGCUGCACUAAUGUCUGUUUAGCAAGGGAAGUAAACUAUUAGUUUAUAGUGUUUGUCAAAUAGCAUUGUGGCAUUGUGUUCUUUUUAUUCUAUUUGAUCAAGAAAGUCAGGAGAUUUUAAAAUUAAACAAAAAGGUUGCAUCCCAUCCAACAAUCCACUUCAACUGCUUUAGAAAAAGUCAGUCACUUUUAGCUUGUAGUUUACAAAGAUGGAGGAAACUGUCAUGUUUUCACUGGAAAUGUAGAGGAGCUGCAGAAAACAUUUCAAUUUGUUGUCAAGUAGGUUGCACUAUGUGAGUAUUUUAGCUAAUGGCUGAGAAGUAGACGGCUCGGUGACUUUCACAUGACAGAUGAGUACACUCUUGUUUAAAUGAAGUGUUCUUGGACAGGGUUAACCUAAAAUACCAUAAAUAAAAUGGGAUGUUCUGCCCAGGACAUUGGUAAAGCUGUAAUAUUUUUUAAACAAAGUAGGUUUUACCAUUUCCAGUGUAGCCUGUAAGUUGUUGACCAAAUGCAUUGUAAAAAAAGAAAAACAUUGUAGAACCAAAUAAUGUGGUGUUUGUUUCAACACUUGAAAUGGAAGUAAGUGAUAAUGUGUUAAUUAUGACAUUGAUAACAUACUGUACAAAUACACUGUACAAUUGAAACAUGGCAGCAUUCUCUUAAUGUUUUUUUUUUUUUAAUCAACAUCUGAAAUCUAAUCUGAAUACAGGAAACAGUUUAAAAAUGAUUUAGGUUUAGAACCUGAAGUAUGUUUAAUAGAUUUUUUUUUUCUUCAUUUUGUUCAAUAAGAAACACCAGGAGAAUUAUUUGUAUCUAAUUAGUCUUUCAUAAGGUCGAUCUGGUGGGUUUUGUGGAAGCAACCUUGUGAUAUUGGGAAGUAUGAGAAGCCUAAUUUCAGACAGAAUUGUCAUGUUGUUACACAACUCUGUGGGGUGGGCUGGGUCAAAGGUCUGGAGCCAGGAAAACAAUGUCAUUCAUUGUAACUGCCAAAUACACUGGUGGCUACUGGGCUUUAUUUCUUCCUACUGUGGUAAAACUGACAUUUCAUUAAUAAAAAGUGUCUUUUUUUC